ACCUUCCGCCGCGGAGGUUAGACCCGGCGCAGCGACGCCUCUCGCGUCCUCCGGGACAAACUUCGUCAGAUUAGAUUUCGGUGAAAUUCCGACGCGUCUCCGCUGCCGAUGUUUGUUUUGUUCCAUAAACCGAAGCGACGCUUAAAACGCGGCGGGCAGCGGCGACCGCGGCCGCAGCGCCACGGCCGGAGCUGCGGCGGCGGAGGGAACAGCAGCAGAAAAGAAAAAGCUCCAGCGGCUCCUGGUGACAUUUUCUAUCCGGACACCGCGACCGAAACUCGGUGCAUCUGAGCGCCGAGAUGCCGGGGAUGAUGGACAAAGGCUCCGAGUAUUUGGGGAAAGGUCGAUCCAACGGAACCAAGAGUCCGUCCAACGCGUCCAACGGACAUUUCUCUGAGGAGAGCGGCAGCGACGACGAGCACGAUGUGGGGAUGCGGGUCGGAGCGGACUAUCAGGCCAACAUCCCCGAGUUCGAGCCCGGUUCCACUAAGUACACAGACAAGGACAGUGGGGGGAUGUUGGUCUGGUCUCCGUAUCACUCCAUCGUCGACUCCAAGCUGGACGAAUACAUCGCGAUAGCCAAAGAGAGGCAUGGAUACAACGUGGAGCAGGCUCUUGGCAUGCUCUUCUGGCACAAACACAACAUAGAGAAGUCUCUGGCCGACCUCCCGAACUUCACGCCGUUUCCUGACGAGUGGACGGUGGAGGACAAGGUUCUGUUCGAACAGGCGUUCAGCUUCCACGGGAAAAGCUUCCACCGCAUCCAGCAGAUGCUACCGGACAAAUCCAUCUCCAGUCUGGUGAAGUAUUACUACUCGUGGAAGAAGACUCGCUCCAGAACGAGUCUGAUGGACCGACAGGCUCGUAAACUGGCCAACAGGAGCAACCAGGACGUCAGUGACGAGGAGAUGGAGGAAGCGAAUCCCAUCGAGGCCCACGACAGUGACUACGACCCCAACAAGGAAGCAAAGAAAGAGAACCAGGUGGAGCCGGUGGUGCCGGGCUCUAAGGUGGCGCUGGGUCGACGGGAGCACCAGACCCUGCAGCACCGACACCACCAGCGCUCCCGCUGCCGACCCCCCAAAGGCAUGUACCUGACGCAGGAAGACGUGGUGGCCGUGUCCUGCAGCGCCUCCGCCGCCAACACCCUCCUCCGUCAGCUGGACAUGGAGCUGGUGUCCCUCAAGAGACAGGUGCAGAACGCGAAGCAGAUGAACAGCGGACUCAAACACACGCUGGAGUCUGGGAUCGAAGACUUCCGGCUCCCUGAGUGUAACCAGAAGGUGAACGCUCGCUGGACCACGGACGAGCAGCUCCUGGCAGUUCAAGGUGUCAGGAAAUACGGAAAAGACUUUCAGGCCAUCGCAGACGUCAUAGGCAACAAGACGGUCGGCCAGGUGAAGAACUUCUUUGUGAACUACCGACGGCGGUUCAACCUGGAGGAGGUGCUGCAGGAGUGGGAGGCGGAGCAGGGAACACGAGCUCCCAACGGAGACAGCGCCACCUCAGGAGAGGAGGGAAAGAACAGCUCUACCACUCCAUCAGGGAAGAGCACUGACGAAGAAGACGAAGAGGGUCAGGUGACCUCCUCCGGUGCGUCUCCUGCUGCCUCCUCGUCUUCCUCGGCUCAGACUCUGGUGACGUCCAGCAGCGCCUCCUCUUCUCUCCACCAGCCCCCUCCCCUCCUGCGGCCCUCCCUGCCAGCCACGCCCUCCCUGCACCGCCAGCCUCCGCCCCUCCAACAGCAGGCUCGCUUCCUGCAGCCCCGCCCCACGCUGCAGCAGCCCCCGCCUCUCAUCCGCCCCUCCAACCCCCUGCCCCCCCUCAACCCCCGCCCUCCUGCUCCCAUGACCCUCAGCGGGAACCCUGGGGCCUCAGGCCCGAGCUCCGCCCAGCAGCCCUCGGGCCUGGCCAUCCACCAAUCUGAGACGGCCUCGUCUUCGUCCCUCCACUAACGAAAAUAAAGAAAAUGGUCAGUUUCCAUGGAAGCUGCUGCAUUCAGGUCCUGUGGGAAAAUCGGAUUAUUGAGGUUCAAAAGAGCGACAGUUUCACUUCUGACCAACUUCUCCAGUGUUAAACCACAAGAACAUAAAAGUGACACAUUUACACGAGAUCCAAAAGCAGAUCAGUGCGUUAGGGUUUGAUGUUUGUGUUUCCCACAGGACGUACAUGCCUGAUGGACCCUGGUUCUAAAAUCUCUGUGUUGUUUGGGAGGUUUGACUGAAAUUUAGUCUUAAAACAGAAAUGAAACCUCAACAAACGCGUGUUGUGUCCCACAGGGUUCCAUUCUGGGUCCCCCUCCUACUCUCUGUGUGCGUGUCGCCUUAAACACCAACAAGAAGGACACAACAGUACCUGGAAAACACGUUCACUGUAAUAUCAUGAACGACCCUUUAAACACAAUAAGACUAAAGGCCUUUGCACAUCGACGCGACACAAAUUAAAAGCACGAAAUAAAGAAUAAUUUGAAGGUGAA